AUGGCGAUGCAAGGUAAACCAUCAGUGGAGGUGGGAGAGGUAGGAAGUAGUAGUACAAAGAAGAAGAAGACUAAGACUAAGGAGAAGGCUGUCCCCAAGACCAAGUCAGUAGCAACAACUGAUAAGAAGAAGGUCGUCAAGCCGAAAAGGCAGCAACAACAGCAACAUGGCUCGAUCAAGGCUAAGGCUGUGGACCAACCUCCAGCUCCUAUUGAUGGGCAGUCGGCCAAGUCGCGGGUUCGAACCCCGGUGCCCCCACUUUUACCUACUGCUAACAAAGUGGUGGCCGGGGAGAAGGAUGUGUCCGAUGAAGUUGUGGUGAAGAGGAGUGAUUCUUUAUCGUCAUCAUCAUCAUUGAGGAAGAGUACUGCAGCAUGGGAGGAGUCUUCCUCCUCGUCCUCUUUGGGUACGGCUGAUGGUGAUCAUCAAAAUAAGUGCAGUAGCACAAACAAUGCUACUGUGCAGCCAUUUGAAGAUCCACUUGAACCACAGCAACUAUCGGCAUCAUUGGAGAUGCUCUUCAAGCAAGCCCCUGUAUAUGACCGAUCGGGGGAGGAGGAGGCUUCACCACAGGAUGACUCUCUUGACGACGACCUGGAUACUCUAUUGAAGAGUUUGGAUGGAAGUCUGCUGGUGGAAGACCAACAGGGGACGACUCCUCCUCCUCUUGCUCAUGCUGAUGCUGCUGUUGACUCGUAUGGGCUCAUUGGUAGUUGGAGAAGUCAGCAAGAUAUUCG